AUGACCUUUGCCCACGACCUCUCGGCUGUGCCGCUCAUGGUCGCGCCGUCCUCGCGGCGCAAGACCACAUCUGCAUUGCAACAGCGGGGCCGCGGCAAGUCGACGAGUGCGCUCUACGUCGCCCGAGGCGCCGACGUCACCCGCGUCCAGCGCGCACGUUCCUGUGUCCUUCCAGCUGCCCAACAAAACUUUGCCGUCGCGAGCCACUACAACGCGAUAGACCACUCGCUGGUCCUUGCGCACGGCGCUUCGUAUGCGAUUCUAUCGCAAGGGGUGUCGCGCAGCUCGCUCGCGUUUGCCCGCGUCCUCGUCCACGCACUCGAACGCGUCUGUGCUGCGCUAUCCUCGAGCGCGCGCCCUCUGAACGAGGCGACCGUCACAAGUGUUGUCGGCGUCGCGAUCGCGUCAGCUCGGACAGCCUUCCGCGGGCACGACAUGGCUGCGGAAGCCUCGCUGAGCGUCGCGUUCGCGCACCCCGAGACGCACAAGCUCUUCGUCUACACGCUCGGCCGCGCCAAGGUGCUCGUCGUCCGGGAUCGCGCCAUCGUCUUCGAGUCGUCGUCGGUCCUCCACGGCUUUCACACCCCCGCGCGCGUGUGUGCAUCACCCGACGCCGAUCCGCAGGUUGGACGCACCGAGGCGUUCCAGCUCGCACCGAACGACACGGCGCUGCUGGUGUCGGCAAGCAUCGCAGACACUCUGUUCGCGGACGAAAUUGCCGCCGCGUCGCCGCGCGAGCUCGUGCACCGGUGCACGCAGCGCACCAUGUCGCUCAUGCCCCACACGACGCCAUUGGCAGCGCGCGCCGCGGCCAUGUACGCGCAGCUCACGCAGCGAGAGAAUGCAGCAGCGACGUCCCGUCCGCUCCUCGGCCGCGCCCACUACGUCGCUCCGUUUGCCCCCAUCGAUUUAUCGCAGAUCCAUGCGCUGGCGACAACGCCCCGCGUCCUCGAUGAUGUCGCGUGCAUUGCGCUCACGCUCCCGGCGAUGCAGUAA